AUGGUUCCUGCUGGAAUCAGACUGACUGAAGUCCAGAAGAUGGAAAAUUGUCAUCUAAAGGAGGACAGAGCAGAACCUCCAGCAUCCAACUGUCCGUUUGUGAGGAGUGACCGGUCCAAAGAUAAACCUUCAAACUUCAGUGCAGAACCUGGACCCUCAGACCCAAAAGGUCAGAACCACAGAAAGAGAAAGAGAGCAGAACCUCCAGGAUCCAGAUGUCCGUCUAUGAGGAGUGACCUGUCCAAAGGACAGCAACCAGACUUCAGUGCAGAACCUGGACCCUCAGACCCAAAUCCUACCUGUGGAGCUGCAGGUUGGGUCUGUUCAGAGCUUCAUCAUGUUGCUCAGAAACCAGAACUUUCCCAGCAGCUGUUCAUCUGCAGCUCUGUGGCGUCUCUUUCCUCCCAGCAUCAAACAAACCUCAGCAUCACCCUGCCUCUGAUCCAGCUUAGCUUCACUUGGACUGUGGCAGGCUUAAACAAGACUGUGGUGGGCUUAAACGAGAAUGUAGCAGGCCCAAACAAGACUGUGGCAGGCCCAAACGAGACUGUGGCAGCCUUAAACAAGACUGUGGCAGGCCCAAACGAGACUGUAGCAGGCUUAAACGAGACUGUGGCAGGCCCAAACGAGACUGUGGCAUGCUUAAACGAGACUGUGGCAGGCUUAAAUGAGACUGUAGCAGGCUUAAACAAGACUGUGGCAGGCCCAAACGAGACUGUGGCAGGCUUAAACGAGACUGUGGCAGGCUUAAACGAGACUGUGGCAGGCCCAAACGAGACUGUGGCAGGCUUAAACGAGACUGUGGCAGGACCAAACGAGACUGUGGCAGGCUUGAAUGUGACUCUGACAGGCUUAAACGAGACUUUGGCAGGCCCAAACGAGACUGUGGCAGGCUUAAACGAGACUGUGGCAGGCCCAAACGAGACUGUGGCAGGCUUAAACGAGACUGUGGCAGGCCCAAACGAGACUGUGGCAGGCCCAAACGAGACUGUGGCAGGCCCAAACGAGACUGUGGCAGGCCCAAACGAGACUGUGGCAGGCCCAAACGAGACUGUGGCAGGCUUAAACGAGACUGUGGCAGGCCCAAACGAGACUGUGGCAGGCUUAAACGAGACUGUGGCAGGACCAAACGAGACUGUGGCAGGACCAAACGAGACUGUGGCAGGCCCAAACGAGACUGUGGCAGGCCCAAACGAGACUGUGGCAGGCCCAAACGAGACUGUGGCAGGCCCAAACGAGACUGUGGCAGGCCCAAACGAGACUGUGGCAGGCUUAAACGAGACUGUGGCAGGCCCAAACGAGACUGUGGCAGGCUUAAACGAGACUGUGGCAGGACCAAACGAGACUGUGGCAGGACCAAACGAGACUGUGGCAGGACCAAACGAGACUGUGGCAGGCCCAAACGAGACUGUGGCAGGCCCAAACGAGACUGUGGCAGGCCCAAACGAGACUGUGGCAGGCUUAAACGAGACUGUGGCAGGACCAAACGAGACUGUGGCAGGACCAAACGAGACUGUGGCAGGACCAAACGAGACUGUGGCAGGCCCAAACGAGACUGUGGCAGGCCCAAACGAGACUGUGGCAGGACCAAACGAGACUGUGGCAGGACCAAACGAGACUGUGGCAGGCCCAAACGAGACUGUGGCAGGACCAAACGAGACUGUGGCAGGACCAAACAAGACUGUGGCAGGCCCAAACGAGUCUUGUUCAUUAAUGGGAAACAAUGCAUAUGUUGAUGGUCAAUGUCAACGUGACCUUAAAGUAUCUCUGAAGAAGAAGUUUGAAUGUGUCUCUGAAGGCAUUACUAAAGCUGGAAAGAGAACCUUUCUGGAUGAGAUCUACACAGAGCUCUACAUCACAGAGGGAAAGACUAGAGAGGUCAAUGAUGAACAUGAGGUCAGAAGGAUUGAAGCAUCAUUCUGGGAACAAAACAGGCCAGGAAAACCAAUCAGACCAGAAGACAUCUUCAAUCCACCUGGAGGAAGAAAUCGGAUCAGAACCGUGAUGACGAUGGGCGUGGCUGGCAUCGGGAAAACAGUCUUAACACAGAAGUUCACGCUGGACUGGGCUGAAGGCAGAACCAACAAGAACAUCCAGUUCAUAUUUCCAUUCACCUUCAGAGAGCUGAAUGUGCUGAAAGGGAAAAAGUUCAGCUUGGUGGAACUUGUUCAUCACUUCUUCACUGAAACCAAAGGAAUCUGCAGCUUUGAUCACUUUCAGGUUCUGUUCAUCUUGGAUGGUCUGGAUGAGAGUCGACUUCCUUUGGACUUCACCAACAAGGAGAUCCUGACUGAUGUUACAGAGUCCACCUCAGUGGAUGUUCUGCUGACUAACCUCAUCAGGGGAAAACUGCUUCCCUCUGCUCUCCUCUGGAUAACCACAAGACCUGCAGCAGCCAAUCAGAUCCCUCCUGAGUGUGUUGACAUGGGGACAAAGGUCAGAGGGUUCACCAACCCACAAAAGGAGGAAUACUUCAAGAAGAGAUUCAGAGAUGAGGAGAAGGCCAGCAGGACCAUCUCCCACAUUAAAAAAUUAAAAAGUCUCUUCAUUAUGUGUCACAUUCCCGUCUUCUGCUGGAUCACUGCUGAUGUUCUGGAGGGUUUGUUGGAGACCAAAGAUGGACGAGAGUUGCCAAAGACCCUGACUGGGAUGUACAUCUGCUUCCUAAAGCUUCAGAUCGAACGGAAAAUAAUCAAGUAUGAUGGAGGACAGAAGACGGAGUCUCCAUGGACUCAAGAGAACAUCAAGAUGGUUCAGUCUCUGGGAAAACUGGCAUUUGAAGGACUGCUGGAAGGAAACCUGAUCUUCUAUCAGUCAGACCUGGAAAAGUGUGGCAUCAACAUCAAAGAUGCUUCGUGGUUCUCAGGAGUGUUUACUGAGAUCUUUAAAGAGGAGAGAGGGAUGGACGACACCUCAGUCUACUGCUUUGUUCAUCUGAGCUUCCAGGAGUUUCUGGCUGCAGUCUACCUGCUCCACUGCUUCACCAGCAGGAACACAGAGGUGGUGGAGAACUUCCUGGGAGAAAAAUACAGAGAAACAUCUCUGGAGGACUUCAUGAAGAAAGUCAUGGAGAAAUCCCUCAGGAAUAAAAAUGGCCACCUGGACCUGUUUGCUCGCUUCCUUCAUGGCCUCUCUGUGGAGUCCAACCAGAGCCUCUUAAGAGGCCUGCUGGGUGAGAUGGAGAACAGUCCAGGAACCAUCCAGAGAUUGAUCAGCAAUCUGAAGAAGAUUAACAAUGGUAGAUUCUCUGUUGUCCAAACGAUUAACAUCUUACUCUGUCGUCAGGAGAUGGAGGGUGUCUUAGUUUACCGGGAGAUCCAGGAUUUCCUGAAAUCAGGGAAGUAUAUCUCAGUGAUCCAGUGCUCAGCUUUGGCCUACAUGCUGCAGAUGUCAGAGGAGGUUGUGGACGAGUUGGACCUGGAGAAGUACAACACAUCAGAGAAUGGACGUUGGAGACUGUUUCCAGCUUUGAGUAACUGCAGAAAGGCUCGACUUGGUGGCUGUUCUCUCUAUAAGUUGGAAUGUGAAGUUGUGGCCUCAGCUCUGAAGUCCAACCCUCAUCUUACUGAAGUCGUAAUAGAGAAGAUCGGUGGACACUGUGAACGCUUUGAAGAGUCUGAAAUUAACCCUGUGUGUGAGGUACUGAGGAGUUCUAAAUGCAAAGUGAAGAAACUGAAAUUGUGGGACUGCAGUUUGUCAAAGACCAGCUGGACUUCUCUGUUCUCAGCUCUGAAGUCUAAUCCAUCCCAUCUGACAGAACUGAACCUGCUAAGAACCAACCUGGACUCUGGAUUGAAGGAGCUCAGUGGGUUUCUCCAGUCUCCCCUCUGCAAACUACAGACAUUGAGGUUGGUUGGCUGCGGUUUGUCACAGAUCAGCUGUGAUUCUUUGGUCUCAGCUCUGAAGUUAAACCCCUCACAUCUGGAAAACCUGGACCUGAGUUGGAACAACCUGAAGGAGUCAGAUGUUCAGCAGCUGUGGGAUCUUGUAGAGAGUCCAGACUACAAACUGCAGUGUCUGUAAGUAGAUGGUUGGAGUGAGUCCAGCUGCUCCACAGCCGCUCUGAACAGGACUGAAGUCCCUGCUGCUCCUAAUCCUGGAUGUGCUGCAUCACUGACUGACAGCUGAUGGAGAGAGAGAGGCUGGAAACACUCAUUGAUCUCCUCUGUUCAUCCUUUUUCUCUCUGCAGGGAUAUGUGGGCAUGUUCUUACUAGAGGAGAGAAGCUGAUCUGUGUCCUGAUGAUCCACAGAGCUUGAAGCUGCAGCAGUCUGAGUUUAAAGAGACUCUGACUGGAUCCUGAUGAUGAAAUCUGAGUUUGUAGAUUUUUUUAGCGAGCAGUUUAGUGGUGAGUCUGUUCAGGAUUGUUGUGUUGAAGGCAGAACUGUAAUAAUCCACAAAGAGCAUCCAGACGUAGCUCUUCUGCUGCUCCAGGAGGUUUAGUGCAGAGU